CCUGCGUGGUAGGGAGGGGAAGUGAGGCGGUUUCCUCGGCGCCUUUUCCGGUGGCUGCUGCGGCGGCGGCAGCAGAGUUGGGAGGAGGAGGUGGAGGCCGGAGGGAGCCAGCGCUCGCGCUCGGGGCGGUGGCUGCAGGCAGUGCACUGAGUUCCCGUGAAAUCAGUGAUCUGACGAGGCGCCAGAGCCGUGCUGCCUCGCGGGUGGCCUGAACAGGUGAGCCGGUGCUCGCUGAGUGACGGGCGGGCGGCUGGAGGGCCUCGGCCUCCCUCGGUGGAGUGAGAAAGCGGACGAGUGGGACCGCGUCGGCGCUCGCGCGGCGCCUGCGGGGGGUGGGGGGGAGGGCAGUUCCGGGCCGGGCCGCGCCUCAGCAGGGCGGCGGCUCUCCGGGCGCAGUCAGGGCCCCGGCGGCGGCGGCGACGGCGGCGACGGCGACCGGAGGGAAUCAAGUUGUUGGGUGUGUGAUGCCGGAGUGAGCGUCUGGUCCGGACCUCUGCCCCUAGGAGGCGACUCCCACGCAGGCCGCACAGGCGCCCGCGCGGCGGGGAGGAUUCGUUUCGGUUUCACGGCGGCAGGAGCGGGAGAGGCAGCGUUGUUGGCCGAGGGGACCCGGGACAUCUGAAUGCCCCCGGCCCCGGCUCCUCCGACGCGAUGGGGAAGGUGCUGUCCAAGAUCUUCGGGAACAAGGAAAUGCGGAUCCUCAUGUUGGGCCUGGACGCAGCCGGCAAGACAACCAUUCUGUACAAGUUGAAGCUGGGCCAGUCGGUGACCACCAUCCCCACUGUGGGCUUUAACGUGGAGACGGUGACUUACAAAAACGUCAAGUUCAACGUGUGGGAUGUGGGCGGCCAGGACAAGAUCCGGCCGCUCUGGCGGCAUUACUACACCGGGACCCAGGGUCUGAUCUUCGUAGUAGACUGCGCCGACCGCGACCGCAUCGACGAGGCACGUCAGGAGCUGCACCGCAUUAUCAAUGACCGGGAGAUGAGGGACGCCAUAAUCCUUAUCUUCGCCAACAAGCAGGACCUGCCCGAUGCCAUGAAACCCCACGAGAUCCAGGAGAAACUGGGCCUGACCCGGAUUCGGGACAGGAACUGGUAUGUGCAGCCCUCCUGCGCCACCUCAGGGGACGGACUCUAUGAGGGGCUUACAUGGUUAACCUCUAACUACAAAUCCUAAUGAGCAUUCUCCACCCAUCCCUCGGAAGGAGAGAAAUCCAAAACCCAUUCAUAGGAUUAUCGCCACCAUCACCUCUUUCAAUUGCCACUUUCUCUUCUUUUGAAUUUGGACUCUGGAGUUACUCUUCUACGUUUGGGGGAGGGGAGGGAUUUAGGGUGUUUGUUUUUUUUUUUUUUUGGUCCUUUUUUUCUUUUAGCUUUGCGUUAGUAUGCUCUGAUGCAACAUUUGACAUGAACACAAAGUGCUAGAUGCUCUUGUUGACUUCCAGCAAAUGGGGUGGGGGAAAUAUAGCAGUACUUGAUAACGUCUUUUAUAAUAAUGGUUUGAUUUUUUUUUUUUAAUUUCAGGAGAAUCUUUUUCCAAUGUAUGCUUUUUUUCCCUUUUUGCCCAGUUUCCUUAUCACUUGCUGUAGAUGGCUUAUUUUGCAUUCAUGCAGACUAUGUUGCAAGUCUGUUUCAUUUAGUAAACUGAAAAUUAUUGCAUAAUCAAACUGCCGUUUGUCUUUUAUAUUUAAGGUCUUUUUCUCCCCUUAUGAGUUCUAACUUUAUUUUAGUAAUGCAAGUGUGACAUUUUAUAUCUAAAACCAGUAUAGUAAACUUAACCCACAGUGGCAAAUGAGUAAUAUCACUGUAAUAUGUUCCACUUGCACAUCAAUGUGUUAAACAGGUAAAGUAAGUUCUUUGAAAUGUCAAUUAUUAAGUUCUGAAACAUACAUCAUGCAUGAGCAGGGGUAAAAUUCUAGUUCCCUAUUACAUAACUGCAUAAAAAUUAUAACACUGCAGAAAAAAAAUUAACCCAUCAAAGACACAGAUUUUUUUUUUCAUAGCAAAGGUAACAACUUUGCUGUGUUUUCCAUCUUUUUAAACUUUAAAAGUCUUCAGAAAAUGGAGCGAUAAUGCAGAAGAUAUUUUAAGUGACUGUUGGGCAAAACUGGAAUAUAUACUUUUACUCUGUUUCAAAUGUCUAAGACCAAUAGUUUUUAAAUUACUAGAAUGUAAUUAGUAAAGCAUUUAAGAAUUCAAAUUUUAUGCACCUUUUAUCUAGUUGGAAAAAUACACAUUUGUGUUUAAACUUUACAAAACUGACUAAUACUGAAGGUAAAAGGUUUUUUAAGGAUCCACACCUCCGUUAAUUAGAACACUGGAAAAUAGAUUUUAUGAAAGUAUUUAAUUCUGUUUGUAGGAUUAAGUCACACAAGUAGAUAGAGAUCCUGCUGGUUCAGUAACACACUAUCUCCUUUAAGGAAGGAAAGAUGAUGAAUGAAUGAUGUGUAGAUUUGGAAUGACAAAGAAGAGAUAGAAUUAAGAGAAAGAAACUACAGAUGACAAUGAAUGUAAAGUUAUUUUUCUGCAAGGGUAAGCAGUGUGCUCACUGGUAAUACCUAGAUCCUAUCAAGAUUAUUUACCUGGCUAGGACCAGUAACUAGAUUUUUGAGACCAAUAUAAUAAUGUCGAUACUUUGAACCAAAUGUUAAUGUGUGAUAGAUAUUUGUGAAGCAGCAUCUGGUUCUUAAUAGCCUUAAGGAUUAAUUUUAGUGAUCCUCAAGGAAGUAAACUUAGGGAAUUUCAGAAACAGACUGCAAAGACAGUAUAUAGAUAAAAGUGGAGUGGUUUUGUUUUAUGAGGGUGUUUGAAAAAAAAAUUGUGCGGAACAUCAUGGUAUAUUGUUGGACAGUAUUAGUCCUUCGUGCUUUGGCCAUAUUGUAUAAAGGAGCUUUUACCAAAGAUGUUUGAGAAGCAUAAGGCUAUAAAGAACUACUCAAAGGAAAACUCUUGACAACAUUUUACUGAAAACAAAUGAGUAGGGGUGCUAUUUUGUAGGCUCCUGAUAGUGCAGAGGGAUUUUUGAAAUCAAAAUGCAACUAAAGUAUGAAGUUUUCACUUUGGCUUUGGUAGAAGUAUCUAGAAAUGAAGCUGAUAGAUAACGUCUGAGGACAUUUUAUUUAGUUGCUUUUAAAAUUCCCAAAGCUUGACCAUAAGUUUUAGUGUUUUAAAUGAUUACAUUUUAAGGCAGACUGUACAAAUAUCAAUACAAUAGUAACAUCCUGAAAUAAGACAAGCACAAAAGUAUAAAUGCCUAAACUGGAGGAAACUUGAAACCCUCAUGUUAAUUCUUAAAUGUAGUAUUUCUAACUUGUGACAGACUGGUAGACAGCCAUUUUUUUGUGUGUCUUAAAAUAACUGGGGGCAUAGUUAAAAAAAAUUUAUACAUCAAGUGAUUGUUAUUGAAUAUUGCAGGUGAGAUGUUAUUUUUAGUUUUUAGUUUUUCUUUUUAAUGUCUUGAGUGGUGGGAAGAAAAUACUCAAAUUGGUAAACUCUUAACCCUUAAUUUCUUUUGGCAAGAACUUGUAGUUUUCAAUUAUUUUUUAAAGAAUAUUAAAGACUGGUAAUUGAUAUAGUUAAAUCAUAACAUAACAAUUGGUUAUCAUGGAAUAGGCAGUUACAGUCUGCAGACAGUUAUAAUCUGAGAAUUAAAAAAAGACCCUGAAGUUUUUGUUUAAUUGCAUCAAUUUCUGUAUUCAUGUGAAUUUAUAAACUGCAGUAAGUUUUCAAUGAGGUUAAUCUUGUCUACCAUAAUUAAAUUGAGUCUGUAGACUGUGAUCUCCCCAAACUAAAACGUACCGUAUUUGGAAUUGUGUUCUUUAUGGUUGUAGUAUUGGUAAAGCCACUAAUAUGCAGAAAAUAAAGGAAUUACACAGUGCA